AUGCCCGAGAGAGCUAAUCUACGAGAACGACACCUAAGAACAGCUAUAAAAAAUAACUUGACAGAUUCUAAACAAGAAUUAUACAAGGCAGAAAACUGCGAAACUUAUACUGUCUCUGAAUUGCAAGAUAAUUGUCAAGCACAUAGCAACGUGUCAAAUAUUGACUAUUCGAAACCUUUAUCGAUUUCGGAUAUCGAAGAAUUUGACCGUGUGAAGGCUGAUAUAUUGCUAAAAAUGAAAGCUAUCGAUAAAGUAACUUUAAAAAUUGAAACAGAAAUUAAUGCAAAUGCAAAGAUUGACAACGACGCAUAUCAAAUUGAACGCGCAAUUUAUGAUAUAUCCGAACAGAUUGAAUCUCGACAACCUGUUACAGAAGCACAAGCAGAAGCUAGCGAAGAAUUGAUGAAAGCAAUACUUGAAAAUAUCAUAUUGAACACUGGUAAUGGUAGUGCAAAAGAUAUCAUAGUAGCUUACAAAAAGCCAAUUGCGCUUCUCAGAGAGAAGAUUAAUGAACUUGAAAAAUUAUUGCUCUGUAACAGUUCCAUAUUUAUUGGACAGUCAGUGAAUUUGGUCUCAGAAUCAUUAUCUGAGCCUAUAGAAUUAUUGACCUUGAAGUGCAAUGAUGAAAAAUGCAAGCAGCCUGAAUUGAAGGAUAUGAAAACUUUGUCUAAUGAGCAAGUGGAUAAAAUUCCAGACAACCAAGAAUUCGCCAAAAUGGCACCCUUAACAUCAAGCAUUAAAGACCAGAUACAGAGGCUAGAAACAAUGUUGGAAGAAGUUGAAAAUCAUGACGAAAAUGAUGAUUGGAAAGAAAUUCAGAGUACCGAAAAUGAAAUAGAUGUGGUUGCAAACGACAUAAAACAAGAUGAGGUGCAUGAUAUUUUAAUUCAGGUCAAUAAUCAGAUGGCUGCCAUCAAACGUAACAUUUCGAAGAAAAGCACUGGUCCUGCUAUUAAUCUGCUGCACAAAGUUCGUAAAAACGUCUCUUCAGUUCUAGAUUUCUUAUCUGUGAACAAGAAAAAACUUGCUAAGAAAGUUGCUAAAGAGCGUGCGCAAUCACCAAAUUGUCUCUUAUCACCUUCAUCAAGGACUGGAUACUUUUUCAGUACAGAUGCAUCAGUGAAUUUCCAUCUUGUAAAACCUGAAGGAGAGGAAUACAUGAAUGCUAUUGUGAUGCUACGUAGCACAUCUGACAACUCGGCAAAUUCACUGUUAAAAAAUGAGAAAAAUGAUAAUCUUGAGAAUAGAACUGAAGUUUUAGAGAAAAGUGAUGAAUUUUGGCGAAACGGAGAAGAAACACAGAAUUUGCCUAUGAUCACCAAUCUACAAAGUAGAUCAAUAAUGAAAGAUUCGGUAGAAGAUCCUACAAUAAUUCCAGUGCCACCACCGAGAAGACGUAAAGAAAUGAAUCAACGAAUUGCUUCUACUUGCAAUUUUGCUACUAAUUCAACUCGAUUACAACAUCGUUCUAAAUCAUGUGACUUUAAAAACACGUCAUUUCAACUGCAUAAUUUGAGUGAGCAAAUUUUUAAGCCUGAAAUUACCGCAGAAAAUUUGCAUAGUAUCCCAAGUACUCCAAAUGAUGUUCAAAUCAACAAACUCGAAAGCAGUGUUCUAUCACAAAUUCCAUCAAUCUUACAGUCUAAUAAUGUGGAAUCAUCAAACGCAACUCCAGAACCCAUGUUAAAAAAUAUAGUUGAAAGUGUUUCCGAAAUUUACAUUAGCUGUGAAACAUUUUUGAAUAAUGAAGAAAAAUUUUUUGACUGUUCAUUUACGUGGCCCUCUAAAAUGCAAUACCAUCUUUUCCUCGAAGCAUUUGAUGAGUCGAGCUCUAUGCAACUUUUUUGUGAAGAUUCUGAUUACGCACCAGAAUCUCUUGUUCCAUCACUUUUGAUCUUCAAACCAAAAGAUUGUGCUGAGAAUGAAGAAAUGCUUCUGCAAAAACUGGCACAUCCAAGUUUCAAUGAUGCUUUGAAUGAAAGCAUCAUUGAAACUUUUAGCGAGGAUAGCAUGAAAUCUUUAGCAACUUCCGAAGAAUCAGGUGUUGAAAACGAAAAAAUCUUCUGCCAAUACCAAAAUACUGCACAACAUUUUGGAAAAAUGGAACAAGAAUUGACUAACUUAGAUUUGCAGUAUCUAGCACCCAAGAUUUCUGAAAGUAUGCAUUCAGAAAGCAUGGAAAAUGAACUAGAAAAAUUGCGUGAUUAUUUGGAAAUGGAAUAUCAACAACAUCCAGAAAGCGCACAAAUUAUUGAAAAUGAAUCAGAUGCAUUGCACAAAUUAGAAUCCAUGGAUAAUGAAGAAUUUUCCCAAGAAUUAAAUGAUGCGAUAAUAAUUCAUAAUCAGAAUGCUACUUUUGAUGAUGUAGAAAUAUUAUCUACAAUAAUGGAAGGCAGUGAAAGUUCUAAAAAUGCGAGUUCAUUCAUGUCGAAUAGUACAACAACUGUUAUUGCUUUUGAUUGUUUAGAUACGGAAAAAAGUUCUACAGAUGAUCAAAAGAAUGUAAAAGAAAGCAGUUUCACAACACCUGCAUUGAAGUUAAUCGCAAAAGCUAUUAGUAUCCCUUUCAAGACUGAUGAUAAUGACGAGAACUAUUUGAAUGAUUAUGGAAAAAGGAUAAUCCUAAUUAAUGAACUGGACAAUAUGCUAGAGUCAGAAGAAAUCAUACUUAAUGUCAAUUAUAAAAAGUGUUCAAGUAAGCUUAAGGUAAUAGCAAUUCUUUCACCAGAAGUACGUGCUGUGACUAAAGCAUGUACAAUAAUCGGUGAAGAUUUUGAUGUAGUAGUGGAGCAACAAGAUGAAGUACAAAAUUUUACCAUAAAAAUUUGUGAUUAUAUGAGUGAUUCAAUCAGCUUCGAUUUGAUGCUUCCAAAUACAAUUGAUGUAGAUUUAUCACUAAUUCAAGAUGAACAGUGUGAAGGUGUUUUCUUGUAUAAACUUGCAAGUCGUGCUUAUGAAGAAACUGAUGAUGAUCAAAUCAGUAGUAUUGCAAGUGACUGCGCAUACGAUGAUCAUUCACGUAAUACUAGUCGAAACAACGAGCAACAUACCUGCGUUUCUGUUAAUAUAGUUGCUCGAAGUAUGCAUGAUAUUACUCAUGCAUCACUUGAAGAAAUUCCUUGGGGAGAAGUUUCUAUGAAUAUAAUAAUUAUAUCUGAUAUGGUUCGUUCAACAAGCAAUUCUGAAGCUAAAAAUGCGCUUAUUCAAAGUGUUUCUGUAUCGGAAUCAAACGAAAUAGAAAAUCGUUCACUUCGUUCACACGAAUCAUUUCGUUCAUCGUCUUUAGAUCUCGGUGAGUUAUCUGAAUUAGGUGAUCAAAUGGAUAUUUGGCAAGAAAUGAAUAUACCGAGAUAUAUAGUAAAAGAAGGAUCAACCGCAACGAUCACGUGCGAGUUCAACAAUUUCUUAAUUCCUGGAAGCGUUAUUAAUUGGUAUAAAGGCAAGACUCUCGUGCAAAUUCUACCAGGAAAAAUAGACCGUAUAAGUCACGAUUUGUUAGAAGUGCUUGUCAUUUCACAUAUGUCCCCAGUAGAUGGUGAUAUAUAUAGCAUUAAAGUGAAUGAUACUGUCUAUCCAGUUGCAUGUUUAAUUGUAGAAGAUGACCAAGCUUUAUCCGAAAAGAUAGAAGAUGAUGCGUGCUUUAUAAGUCCGCCGCAAACUUUAUUUGUAAUGGAAGGGCAGCCAUCAAUUAUUUCUUGUCAAGUUAAUAAAUCUAAUCAGAAGGUUGAAUGGUGCAAAGAUAACAAAAAAUGGGUAACAAAAAGUGCUAGGGUACGAUUAGAAACAGACAAAUUUGGGUACCAUCAAAUAAUCAUUGAUAAAACUGAACUAGAAGAUCAGGGAACCUAUUAUGCAUUUUUGGGCGAUCAGUUUACAACGGUUACACUUGUUGUUGAAGAACGCAUUGACGAACGUGAAUUAACCAUAAAUGCUUCUGGAACAGACACUGACGAGGAUGAUUAUUAUGAGUAUUUGGUACCACUGGGAAGUACAGCAACAAUUGCUUGUGAACUGGAAAAUAGUGAUGAGGUGCGCGAACUCGUAUGGCGUAAAGAUGGCUUAGAAAUUGAGUUUGUGAAUGAUGCUAAAGUUGAACAUGUUGCAAAUGGUUUAAAGCAUUAUCUUGUAAUCCAUGACACUCAAACUGAUGACUCUGCAUGUUACAGUAUUUCCAUCAAUGAAAUUGAAUUCAAAAUUGCUCGUCUGAUCGUUAACAACUGUGCUACUUCCCUCGGGGAAGAAUAUAUAAGUGAAAGUAAUGUAGAAGAAUCGAUAGUACCAAUCGGUUCAGCUGCAACCAUUCACUGCGAAACUAUCACGCAGCACUAUUCACUGGAUUGGCGUAAAAAUAUGCAACCCAUCAGGGAAGAUGAAAGAAUUGAAAGAAAAGAUACACGUGAUGGCUUUGAGCACAGUAUCACAAUAUGCGGUGUUCGUAAAAGUGAUGAAGGUGAAUACGGUGUUGUGAUCAAAGAUUCUUACACAGCGGUCACUAAAAUCACUGUAGUUGAAUAUCAAGAACGAACCGAUACUCAACAACUUGAUAUUGCAUUGCAUCCAACAAUUUGUUCCGUCGAAGAUGUAUCUGCAAAUAUGAAUCAUGUCAGCUUCCAAAAAGCAUCUAGUACAUAUCAGCUAUGUAGUGUGAAUGAAUAUUUUGAUCUGCAUCUUUCGAUGCAAUCUAUAGAUAUUCCAGUAAUUAUAGAAGAAAAACAGCUCGAGUUCAUCAGUCAUUUGUUUCUCGAAACGUCCAUUCAAAGUUCGGAUCAAGAAAUUAGCAAACAUCAUGGUGAAGCUGUUGCUGAAGCUGUAAUAGUAUUAACACAAAUGGCAAAACAUUCUGCUGAUAUUCAUCUCAGUUCCCAAUUCACCCAACUUAAAACCAGUGUGACAAGUCAGCGGUGUCCAAAGCAAUUAACUGUGCUUACAUGUGUGAACGAGAAGAUAAUAGAGAAGUUAUCUAAGAAUUUGAGUGACCAACGGACAAAGUUAGACAUGGUUGUACUCUGGCCAAGGCAUCAGCAAGCAGCAGUUCAUUAUAAGUACUUUAGUAAGGAAACAUUGGGAAUGCACUUUUUCGCACCAGAAGUUAAUACCUGCCACCAAACUUUUGGAUUUAUUAGAUCAUUAGAGCAAGAAAAUAACGAUAAAAGACUCUUGGAAAAAUCAAUCACGUACCCACAAAGUAUAGGAAGACAUUUUAAAAUCAGUACUGUCCGGUUAGAAUUUGUAGCAGUGUACAAAAUAGAAGAAGCUUUGAAUGCAGCAGCUGAAAUCGAUAUUGCUCGCAAAGAUUGGCAUUAUUUAGAAAGCAAAGCUUCAAACAGAAUUAUCACUGAAGGAACCUUCACAAUCUGCAAACCAGUUCAAGAAAAGAAGACUGAAGCAACAUUUUUAUCAAGAAUUGCACCUUCAGUGUUCAAAACAAGUGGCAAAUAUAUCAUUUCUACCACGCAUAUUAGAGCAUUUUUGUGGUCAAAUGUGGAUAGAAAUCAAAUUGCUACCAAGUGUGUACCACUAAUCCGAACGGAAAUAGUGAGAAAGGAAAUGACAUCAUCUACUUAUGACGUGCAUGAGCUAAAUUGUAAUCUAUUUAACGAUUUUCAGAUGGCAAAGACCGAAUUGAAGUUAUAUUUAAAACCUAUCAGGUAUUUAGACAUUUGUCAGAGAGACUUUGCGAUUAGCUGUAUAAAUUCUGAACUGGAACUAUUAUCUCAAGAGCAAAGGAAUCUUACUACUGAUACCGAAGUUCGAACAGCUCGAACGAAUCGGUUGAGUACAAGGUUAAAAGGGUCAACGGAAGAAUAUUUUACUGUGUCAACAGCAUUUAAUGUUCAAUCUGAAACGGAUAAUAUGGUAGUAACGCUAAAAACUAAAGCACCAAAACUUAUUGAAAAAGUAAAUCUGUUCUUGUCGUAUGUCACUACGAAUAUAACUCUUGAAUUUUGGUCUCAAGCACUCCAAGAAUUUCAUGUGGACACGACUAAUACGAUGUCACGAACUUAUGCUCAAAUUGCAAAGUUCAAGCCUUCAAGUUCUAAAAAUGUUUACAUAAUUCCAUGUUUUGAAAUUCAUUCACAAGACCAUAAUGCUUCGGUAACACUGUUUUCGAAAACACCAGUGAAAAUCGAAAGAUUGCAUUGUCUAUUGUCUGAUAGUUCAAUUCUAUCAGUAUUUGAUUUCCGUUCAAUGCUUGAUCAUACAAUGAAAACAGAAGCGAAGAUUUUAGCGAAAGAAAAAGAAACAUACUUAGCAAAUGUUAAGAGUGCUAAGUACGAAGAAAGAAAUAUUGUUGAAAUGAUUGAAACUCAGUCGAAGAAAGAAGCCAUAGAAAUAAUUUUGUCAGCAUCAACUCCAAAAGUAAUUGAAGAAUGUAAAUUUUCAGAUGAAUUCAUAAACUUAAUAACUGAGUUAUGGUCACAGGUAGAAAGCAGUUUGAAUACAAGUACUUGCUUACUUACCAGUAGAAGUUCUAUAAUUCAAAAAUACUUGAAGGCCUCUCAAGAAAGAAAUAUUACUCUUUUUGCAACAUUUUGUGUUCAAGAUCAAGUAGAAAGUAUUGUUUUCACUUUUCCCCAGACACAACAACUCAGUGAGAGGAAUACACGUAAAUUUACGAGCAGUUCAGUCAAAUGUGUUGCUGAAUUAUGCUCACGAAGGCACCGAGAAGCUUCAACACAUGCUGACAUUUAUGUUGCUCGACAAGAAAAGUCAAGCAUUUAUGUCGGGGCUUCAACAAUUGAAAAUUGUAGUACUGAAACUUCUUUCAACAUGAAACCUGAACUUCAUGAACUUGAAGUAACUUUGUUAAAGCCUGCUUCAGGACUAUUUGACAAAAUACACCGUCUAUUCUCUUAUAGAUCAGUCGAUUUUAUAGCUUCAUUAUGGUUACAAGGUCAAAGCAAUUUCUACGCUGAUGAAACUAUUUUUACGAAACGACGAGAAAAUGCCUGUAAAUAUUUAAAAGCUGCUUGCGAAGAACAUUAUACUGUUUCAAGAAGUUUUAAAAAGCAUUCAGAGAAUGAUUGCACCAUGAAAACAUUUCUGACGCUUGAUGCUGAGAUUACUGAAAAAGUUAACAGUCAAUUUGAAGUACAAAUUUCAGAUUUAAGUACUGAAAUUCAAGCUGAAAUGCAAAUUUAUUGCGCAGAUAUUUUGAUCUCAGACGUUGAAAAUGAAAAGGACCAAAAAAGUUUACAAAGUGCGACUUUUGAAAGUGUAGAAAUGUUUACUUUCUUUGAACAGUCUACAGAUGAAGAACAUUCAUGGCUUACUCUUGCUUUACUAAGAAAUACUGAAGUAGCGGAAAAGAGUUAUAGUGAUGAGUUAGCAGAACUAAGUGUUGAAAUCAACUACAUUUACUGGAAUCAGAAAUUAGCAAAAGCAAGCAUACCAACACCAUCACAUUUAUUGCGGGUUUGUGACACAGAUGAUACUUUUGCUGAAAAAUCGCCAGCUGCAUUCGUUAUAAAGAGCAUCGAAAUCCCUGAAAACAUUACUGAUGAACACUUCGUUCACGAAACAGAAAAAAAUUCAGGAGUUAAAUUUACGGCAUCUGAAUCUUUUGAAGUGAACACAGAUUUUAAAACGACUCAAAGUCAAAAACAUGAGAUGCAGACAGCAUGGAGUCAUGAAGAAUCAAGCGUAGAAACUUACGAAUACUUAAGCCUAGCACAAACAAUAGAGUGUGUUCAUAUCUCACAAGAAAAUAUUCACGAGGAAGAAAAGUCAACUGCUGAAGACAGAAUAUCUUUGACUGAAACUCCUCCCCAAUUCGCGGAAUGCUUGAAUGAAAAUUACGAAAUUGAGGAAUUUUCAACUCACUCAUUCAAAUGUAUUGUUUAUGGAACGCCAACUCCUCGCGUGCAAUGGUAUUGUAAUGGAAAAGCGGUCAUUCCAAAUGACAGUGUUACAAUAGUAGCUGAAGAUGGUAUACACAUAUUGAAAAUAAUUCAUGUCGAUCAAACCUGGAAUGGAAAUUUGCUAUGUGAAGCUAUAAAUACCUCAGGAACAAGUCGCUCUCACGCAAUCAUUCAUAUUCAAAAAUCAGAACAAAGUUCUGUUCGUAGAGCAUCAACCGGAGAACAAUCACCUAUUAUUCAUUUACCACUAAAAAGUGAAAUGCACGUUAAGAAGCAGGAAAGUGCUCAGCUGAAAUGCAUUUUCUCUGGAACUCCACUGCCUUCAGUGCAAUGGACACAUGACGAUAUUAUCAUCGAAAAUAAUAGUCACUAUCUGAUCGUUUAUGAAGAUGGAAUUUCUAUUUUACGGAUUCUCAAUGCUGACGAUAUCGAUAAUGCAGUGUUUUGUUGUACAGCAACGAAUUUAUUUGGUUCUGUAGGAACAUCAUGUCGAGUUAUAGUUGAAGAAAAAGAAGAAGUCCAGUCAGUGGAUAUAAGGUGUUCAAAAGAAGAGCAGAUGACUUCAACAGCGAAUGUUGUUGAAGAGCUUAUCAUAAAUCAAAUACCUUCAGAUUCAUCACAGGAUUCGUUCUCUAGUCAAUUCCAGGCACCUCAAUUCACGUUACCUUUAAGUGAUAUUACAAUAAAAGAGAGCGAGGAAUUGCAACUGAAAUGUAUUGCUAUAGGUACACCAAUGCCAUUCAUUCACUGGACAUAUAAUGGUCAAGAAAUUCAGCCUAAUGACAGGAAUAUUUGUACUAUUAACGAAGAUGGAAUUGUGAUUCUAAAAAUUGGUACCGGUAAAAAAGAAGGAUUGUAUAUAUGCGAAGCAACAAACGGUAUUGGAAGUGCCCGUACUCAAAGUUUUGUUCAUGUUCAUCACCCAGAAGUUCCAGUGGCAGUAAAUUUAAAAGGGCCAAAUACAGUGGAAUCAACUGAAUUUCAAAUUUUAUUGCAAUCAUCAACAAAAGAUCGUAUAUUAUUUGAUGUAACUGAUCAUAAAAAAGAAGUAAUAGCGCCGAAGAUGGAGAGUCAAAGACCAGAUAAAACAGAGAGCAGCAAUCAGAAAUACGAGGAAUCUGCAGUUGAACAGCAUAUCUUAGCCAACGCACUAAAUUAUUUAAUCGAAGCCGAAGCAGUAACUAUUCGAGUUUUGUCUGAAAAAUUUUCAGCUUAUUUGAAAAUCCAGAAGGAUUCAAUACGAGAAGCAGAAGAACCAAUCAAAGUAAUCAUUGAAGAAGAUAUUGUUCGCAUGCGAUCUUAUAUGAAAAUAAUUCAUUACAACGUCAAAGAAAUCCGAAUUAUGCAUCGUCAUAGGGAACAACCUUUAAUUAGUAGUCGAAGGACUAUUUACGAAAAAAUAGAGUUUGAAGAAGUAUUUCACCGUGAUGAAGCAGAAAAAUAUAUGGAAAAUGAAGGCAUCGUCAAUUAUCAUGCCAACUUUUUACAAAUGCAUGAAAAUUUUGAAAGCCAUGAAGACAGCAGAACUCAUUUAAAGCUUUGCAAAGUCGAAACAGCGUCAGAAAAGAGAUCACCACAAAUACGGGAAGAAGAGAUUUCGAACUUUUCCGAAAAAUCCAUUUCAUUUUUCAUUGACUGCAUAGCGAAUGAAGUAUCUAGUGUUGUACAUGCAAACAUAUUUAUCACAACUCAACAAAGGUACAAGGUGAUCUUUAAUAUUCACUUGACAUCAGGCAGAAGAGUUCUGGAUGUUAACGAUACACAAUCAUACUUAUCAGAGAUAGAACGAUGCCCUCAUUUUAUUCAACCGUUUGCAAUCUUCGAAGACAGCAUCAGUACGGGCUUGCGAUGCAUUAUCAGUGGACUGCCAACACCGUGUAUUCGAAUUCUUUAUAACGGACAUCCGAUUCAAAGAGACAACAAAUUCUUCCGAGUGGCAUACAGAAAUGGAAUUGUAACACUUCAUAUGCAACAAAUACUCGAAGGACACUACAUAUGCGAAGCUACCAACGUUGCAGGGAGAGCACAAACUGAGUGCACCAUAACUACUCGAGAGAUAUCAAAUGAGACAAUAAGAAGGAAAGAUCGAGAAAUCCGAAUCGAGGUAGGAACGACAAAUGAAGAAAGACUCGUACCUGAUAAGCAAAAACCAAAAACUUUGAAAUCCACAACGAUCGAUGAACAACAAAAGAAAUACAAACACUACCAACAGAAAACAAACCAACAAAUCACUGAAGUAGACAUGACAGAAGAAACACAAACAGCACCUGCGAGUAGUGCUGAUAUAUCCACGAAAUAUGAAAGUGCAUCAUUAUCAGGAAAGCACCAAAAACAAACAAUCAAACGAACGGAGCGAACAGUGAACAUCACAGAGGAACGUGCACUGAGCACAGAAGCUGUAAAAACAAGCAAUGUGUAUGAGAAACAGUCGGAAGAACUGGACAUCAUAGAAAUUAAAAGGACAAGUAACAAAGAGGCAACAACACGCAAGUUCGACUCUGCAAAGAUGGAAUUA